AUGCCUACCCACCGCAUGAGCACUCAAAACGGCAUCAACAAAGCAAACCGGCUCCCACCAAUCCCACGCAAAAUGUCCCUCUCCACCCGCAACCCCGCCCUGGCCCAAAAAAUCUCCCAAAUGCGCCUAACAAUCGCACCCAUAGUACAUGUAGAAACCGGUCUUCCCGCCCCGGACUACCCACGCAACAUGCUCUCCCUCUUCCUACUCACAGAACCCCAACUAGACGCCCUAGCAGCCUACUACUCACAAUCGCACAUCUCAGCCCUCACAUACCAGUACCCGGCCACGAUGAACUGGCAGCAACCUUUUUUGGAAAAGGGUGAGAAUCUGGCUGAAGAUUGUAAGCUCGAUGAUUUGGAGAGGUUGAAGGUAAAGAUGAGGAUGUUUGCGAGGUUUAUUGGGAUGAGGGGCGCCGAGACGCCCGAGUGGGAGUAUGAGAGGCAGAUUGAGAUUUUGGGGAAUAAGGUCAAGAGGAGUGUUAGGGGGGAGGAGGAGCACGGGGUUGCGUUGAAGAAGUUUUUUGGGGGCAUGGGGAGCCGGUUUUGA